UCCCUUACUAUCUAGUUGUUAUUGAGAUCAAUAAUGGAACUCUUCAAGCAACUUGUCCUCAUCAUAACUAUACUGGCUUUUUUCUACAUCAAUCAUGGUGCAAUGGCCUACGAUCAUGAGGAGUUUAGCUAUACAGUGGGGGCUUGGAAUGGUCCGGAUCAUUGGGGAGAUAUCCGUAAAGACUGGGAGACAUGUAAAAUUGGGCACUCACAAUCACCAGUACGAAUAGAUGAUAAAAAGUGUGAGUUAGUAUAUCAACCUGAGGACCUUAAAUGGAGUUAUCAUCCUAAAAACGCAGUGAUGAAGAAUCUUGGUCACAACAUCGUGAUCGAAUGGGAAGAUGUAGUGGGUGCUGUAUGGAUCAAUAAAACAGAAUAUCCACUAAAACAAGUGCACUGGCACACGCCUUCAGAGAACAUAAUUAAUGGAAAACAAUUUGAUUUAGAGGUUCAUUUGCUUCACCAACGUACCACUGACCAACAAAUGGCUAUGGUAAGCUUCUUAUAUGAAGUUGGAGCUCCAGAUCCAUUUUUUACAAAGGUUGAGAAGCAUAUUCAUACAAUAAGGAUCUAUCACUAUUCCACCAUGCACUGA